AUGCAAAUUAAUUAAGAUAUUUUAAAAGGUUAAAAUCAAAUGAAAAAAUAAAUGGAUCAAAUCUAGAAUUACAUUAAAGAUAAAGGAUACCAACUGGUUGAUAGCAUUUAAAAGAACAAAGAUAAGCUUACAUGUACCUUUUUAAAAUAGAGAAAGCAAUUUAGAUUAAAAGGAGUCUUUAUCCAGUAGUAAAAGUAUAGAGAAUAAUUUUUAAAAAUAUUGAAAACAAUUUAAAAAAAUCCUCAUUAAAAUGUUGCUUAAAUUUAUGAAGUAACCUAAAAAGAUGACAUAAUAAUUUACUCUCAUGAAUAGUACCGAUAUACACUUUAAAAUUUAGAGGAAUUUAAAAAUGAACCAAAUUUUAAUAUGAAAUAAAUUGCUAUUGAUAUUCUGAAUGGAAUCAUUUUUCUACAUAGUCUAGGAAUUAGCCAUUUAAACUUGAAGCCCUCAAAUAUUCUUAUCGAUUAUAAAGGUAAUAAAUUUUAAGCUAAAAUAGCUGACUUAUACUAUGAGGCUAAAUAAGAGUGUGAUGAAGAUUAAAUUUAUUAAGGACCAGAGCAGCUAAAAAACAUGAAUACAAGAAAUGUUUCUUUUUAAUCAGAUUAUUAUAGCGUUGGAGCCCUUUUAUGUGAAAUAUUAGGAUUUGAUUAUAAAAAGAAUAGAGAAAAUAUUUAGUAAGGGUAUAUUCCAAUAAUAGAGGACACAACAGAUGACUCUUUACAGUUAAGUUUUUCAUUAGAUAUGAUGCAAUAUAGUUAAACUAGACGCUUCACUCCUGCUCAAACCCUAGAAACAUUUUAAAAUGACAAUUAACCUAAAUAAUAAAAUGAAAACUGUAAGUUAAUUUUAGCGAUCUCCUUGCUGAUUCUGCCAAUUUUAAUAGUAGUGUUAUUCUCAAAUAUAAUAAUCAACUCAAUUAAACUGUAACUGAGAUAACAAAAGUUGAGAAUUCUUAAUUUUAGUUUUAUAUUCAGGAAUAAAUAUGUAAAGGAAAUAAUGAAGGUUUGA